AACUCAUUCAAAGGAUAAAGUUCAUUAAGGGGGAGAUAACUCUCAUUUCUUGGUCUUAAUUUUGUUUACACGUUAGUAGAGCACUUGACAGCAAUCGCACAAAACUACUUUUCGCGUAAGCUUCAGCUAAACCCGUUCAUCAUGGUCAUUGCCCGGACUGUAAAAGAUGUCUUCAUUAUUGCUGCCAAGAGAACAGCUUUUGGUACUUUUGGAGGUAAGCUGAAAAUGAAGUCUCCAACUGACCUGGCUGAAGUUGCUGCCAAAGCAGCUUUAGCAUCGGCUAACGUGAAACCUGAAAUGAUUAAUUCUGUCAUAAUUGGAAAUGUUAUCCAGAGUGCCGCCGACUCCAUUUACAUUGCCCGUCACGUUGGGCUGCGUGUUGGUGUCCCUAUUCCUGUUCCUUCAUACACAGUGAACAGGUUGUGUGGUUCAGGUUUUCAAGCUAUUGUGAAUGCCAGUCAGGAAAUUAUGUUGGGAGACAGUGACAUUGUCCUAUGUGGUGGUGCAGACAACAUGAGUCUGACACCUUACUCUGUACGGAAUAUCAGGUUUGGAACAACAUUAGGUAUUGACCUAAAGAUGGAAGACACUUUGAUGGCUGGUUUGACUGACCUUCAUGUCAAGCUACCAAUGGCAAUUACUGCAGAGAACUUAGCUGUGAAAUAUGGUAUCAGCCGUGAGGAGGUUGAUGAAAUUGCUCUAAGGUCACAGACUAGAUGGAGAGCUGCACAAGAUGGUGGACAUUUCAAGGCAGAAAUUGCUCCUUUAACUGUAAAAGGCAAAAAAGGUGCCGAAACUUUUGAAGUUGAUGAACAUCCAAGACCUACUACCAAAGAAUCUUUGGCCAAAUUAGCACCUGUUUUUAAGAAAAAUGGUGUUGUUACUGCAGGAAAUGCUUCAGGAAUUUGUGAUGGUGCCAGUUGUUUGAUUUUGGCCAGUGAGAAAGCUGUAAAGAAGCACAACCUUACCCCAUUGGCUCGAGUAGUCUCCUAUGGUAUUGCUGGUUGUGAUCCAUCAAUAAUGGGUAUAGGUCCAGCUCCUGCUGCACAAGCUGCACUGAAAGUUGCUGGGAAAAAUAUGCAAGAUAUGGACCUUAUAGAAGUUAACGAAGCUUUUGGAGCUCAAUAUUUAGCUGUGGAAAAAGAACUUGGACUUGACCCUGCCAAGACAAACACAAAUGGUGGUGCUAUUGCUCUUGGACAUCCACUGGCUGCUUCUGGAGCUAGAAUAACUGGACAUCUUGUCCAUGAAAUUAAACGUACAGGUGGAAAACUGGCCCUUGGUUCAGCAUGCAUUGGUGGAGGACAAGGUAUUGCUGUUAUUACAGAGAAUCUGUAAUAAGUCGUUGUUUUUAGAAUUUCUAAUGAGACCAUCCAUACUUUCUAACAAUGUUUUUUACUUGACAUAUGUACAUAUUACUUGAAUAAAGUGAUAGUUUUUUACAUUG